AUAGCAUUCAAUUUGUAAACAGUAAACAAACAACCCCCUCAAUACAAUGUCUGAUAAAAGGGAAAACGAAACACAAUGCAGAAUAAAGGCAGAGCAAUUAAAUGAACAAUUACCGAUAAAUCUUUUGCCAAGUGAUGUUGACAAGUAUCCAGAGUUUAUGAAGUUAAUAACAAGUUUAACCAAGCAAAUACGUUCUAGUGGAUUGAGUUUAGCAGCUGAUAAAGAUUUAACACAGGCUAAAGAAAUAUUACAUCAUGAGAAACAUAGCUGGUUAUUGAAUAAAUUAUUAUACAGUGAAGUCAAAGAAUUGAUAUUAGAUUACAAGAUAAAGGCACAAGAAAUAUCACUUUGUUCAGAUGAUAAAAAGUUUGUAGAAAUUCUUCAGAAAUGUUUGAAUUAUAAAGAAAUUGGUGAUUAUUUAGAUUUUAGUCCUGACCCUAGUGUUAAAGUGAUGUUACUAGGUCUAACAGAGGAAGAUAUACAAAGACAUAAUCCAUAUAAGAAGCAUAUAUCAGCUUUACAAGUAAGACUUAUCCCUGAAGUAGAGGACAGACUAAGGAAGAAAUGUGAAGAUUUAGUUCAUUUUGAAGAUCCAAACACCAGUAAUCCCGAUAACAGUCGUUUAACAUUAGCAAAAUCUUCACAACUCCCAGCUAAAAUUGAAAUUUUGAAGAAAAAGUUAGAAAAUGAAGAAAGAUUAUUGAAACAAGAUAGAGUGAAGAGAGAGAAACAGUUUUGGGUUUAUUAUCAGUCUUUGGUUGAUUGUCUAUCAUUAUUAGAGAAGUUAAUAGUAGAAUUUAGAUUACAAGGCCAAACAGAAAGUGAUACUAUUACUACUAAAUGGUUAAAAUCAAGAUGUGAUGCAAUGUCUUUAAAAAUAAGAUUAAAUCAAUUACAAGUUUUAUGUGAUACCUAUUCAGCUGAAACUGUCAAAGCUCUUCAAGUCAUAAGAGGGCAUUUAGAUGAAGCAACAGAAGAAAGCAAUAAAGAUCUAGUAAGGAUUACUCAAGCUUUAUCAGCGUAUGACUCAGUUGGUAUGGGAUUUGAAAGUUUAGUAGAUGAGUAUAGUCAAUUACGAAGUGAACUUGAAAAUAAACGCUGGGCUAUGACUGAAUUACAUAACAGUAUAUCAUAGUAGUUUUUCGUAUAUUUGGUUGUAAAUAAAAAUAUAUUGUUACGUUGUUA